UUCGUCCAAUCAGCGUUGAGGGUUCGUUUGAUUAGAGUGUCACGUCAACAUUACGCAAAUGAGCUACAGAUUUUCAAACAGUCAGAGAGCGCGUGACCGCGAUCAGAUGGAGAAGGCCUAUAGCAUGUCACUGUCAUGACAUGUCAGCUACCCAGAUCUGAAACCUUUAAUUGGAUCUCACUGGUUAGUGAAGCUGGUGCUCUUCUGCUGUGACGUUGAUUCGUUUCAACAGUCUAUUUAGGCGAUUAUUCCAAAAGAUCUUCCACCCAGCACAACAUAAAAAAGGACUAAGUGCGAGAUCUUGUUGUUCUCUUUCGCAUUUCUUGAUUUGUGGAGAACGGUCUACACAUGGAAUGGCCACUCAAGAUGUCUUUCAGGUAAUCUGAGCGCUGAUUUUUAUCGUGUCCUCCCCCUCCUCCCCCGCGGUGAUCGCGCAUCGCGCCUCAUUCUCACUCCCAUUACGCAGCGGGAUUGACAUGAAACUGUGAAUUGUUUGCUGCUCAAAUAUAGUUGAUCUGGAGCCAGCAGUCUGAGGGGUUGAGGAGCGACCAUCCCUGCCUCCUCCCCCUCUAACAUCAGCAUGACAAAGCACUGGGGGGGUCCGGGCUUGUUGGCACCACCAGUGAUCACUCUAGGAGCAGGAGCCCAACGCGACCAUCACCUUGACUGCAGAACCAGCUAUUCCUCUUCCAACCCCAGCUGUCAUUGCUCCACAAACCCACUGCUGGAGUUCGGUGGCCGACUGGAUAAGUCCACCACAGGGAUGGCGCAGGACUCCUGUUAUAGAGCCAAACCGUCGGAUCAGAGCGCAUGGGAACUGCAGGAUGGAAACUCCAGCGGAGGAAAGAAGAAGAACUAUCAGCGAUAUCCCAAACCACCAUACUCUUACCUAGCUAUGAUUGCCAUGGUCAUCCAGAACUCUCCGGAGAAGAAGCUCACUUUAUCAGAGAUUCUGAAGGAGAUCAGCACUCUUUUUCCAUUCUUCAAGGGAAAUUACAAAGGCUGGAGGGACUCGGUCCGACACAACCUGUCCUCAUACGACUGCUUUGUGAAGGUUCUGAAGGAUCCUGGUAAACCCCAAGGUAAAGGUAACUUUUGGACUGUAGAAGUGAACAGAAUUCCCCUGGAGCUGCUGAAAAGACAAAACACGGCAGUGUCCCGUCAGGAUGAAACCAUCUUUGCUCAGGACCUGGCCCCGUACAUCUUUCAAGGAUACGCUCCGUCAAACAAAUCCAAACCUCUGCCCACUGACCUCUCUUUACCCCCUGUUCCCACCCGUCACAGCCCGCCCCCAUCGGAGGACCCCUAUCGUCCCAAACUGGACUCUACGUUUGCCAUAGAUUCUCUACUGCAUAGCCUCAGGCCGGCCAGUUCUGCUGGGGAGGGGCUACGAGAGAGGGAAAGUUGGGGCGUUGGGCCCCCUCCGCACACUCGCUCUACGACUCCACCACGCCCUUGUAACGCCUCGUACAACUGCAGUUCGUCGGCCAGCUCCGUCAGUCCUGCGUCGGAUUUGUCCGACGAGGACUGGAGAGGGGUGACGCUCGUUGGGAAAAGAUCAAGUGAUCGAGGAUCGACUUCAGAUGGAUACAGUGACUCCUGCCCCCCGCCAAACAAAAGCUCCAAGCGUGGCACUACUCCUCCAUGGGAGCUGCCGACUUCCUAUGCCAAAUACACCCCCCCAAAUGCAGUAGCCCCUCCUAGCAUGCGCUUUAACGGAAACCCGUUCAUGCCACUGGGCGGUAUUCCAUUCUACGGUUAUGGCGGUGCGCACGUCACUUCAUCACACUUGAUUGGUCACCAUUAUUGGCCCAUUCUACCAAGUGGGCCAGUUUCCAUACAAGCGCCUCCCCUUCUCAUGGACUUGGACAGUAUGCUGCAAUCUGUUCCACCUAAUAAGAGUGUGUUCGAUGCGCUUGGCCCCAACAAUCAGACUUCUCACCCAACUCCAAACCAGUAUGCCCUUCAGAACGGACCUUCCCUUUGCAAAUAUUCUCUUUAAACUAUCUCAUAACAGUCCUGGAAGAACACGUCUUCCCAUCUUUGGCACUGCCCAGGUUUACACAUAAAGAUUUGCAACCAUUAAUGCUGCUCAACACAAAUCUGUGAAUUGACUCAGGGAAUUAUUUGAGAAAAUCCCUCUGUACACUGAACUGUUACUGGAGUUCAGACGGGCCAGUAUUGACCAAAGAUUCUACCCAACCAAUGUUGACACUGUUGUGACUCCUGUCCACUCAUGUGAUUUUCUUCGACACAAUUACUACCUCAAACUUUUAAUGUCAGUGGGGAGAUUGGUACAUUUUAGCUGCUCUUGUUUCCUGAAUGGACCCUUGUAGUGUUUAGGGAUAAUGUAAUGCAAUACCUGACAUGACCAAUUGAAUGUUGUCUGUUAAUAAUUCUGAAGUAUUCUGUGUGGCUGCUUUAACUUCCUACAUAUCGACCAGAAAUGGUUUGCUGGACAUUAGGUAUUAGGGAUGUGUUUGUGUGUGAAUGUGUACUUUUGAAUCCGUAAGGGACCUGCAAUGUUUACAUAAAGACAGGCUUUUCUGCCAUGAAUGUGUCACUUUUUAUAUGUUGCAGAGUAAACAUGCAUUUUUUUGAAA